GUCCAACAAGGAAACGAAGCCAUGAGGAAGCGAUAGUUGACUGCAGUGAUUCCAUCUGCGCCGAACUUGUACAACCAUUCGAUAAUGUACCGUGUUUUGCACGGGAUGUACAAUCACUUAUUGAGGCACUGCUUCUUCGCAAAUUGCCUGUGUCGCCUUACAUAAUGCAAAAGAUUACUUUACAGCAACCGAAUCAGUUGACAUAUCUUGAAGUCGGCUAUGGUUUACUAGAAGAACGAAUUACAAAUGCACUUAGUGAUUCGACUGGUGAAGCAGCCAAAAUGGGUGGAUCAGAAGAUCUCCUCCACUACCCGAUUGACUCCCUGUGGAACAUCAACGACAGUGUACUUAUCAUGUGGGGUGAAGAGAAACAAGCAUCAAUGCAAGAAGCCUUGGAGGACAAAUUUGGAAAGCUUGACCCCUUGCAGUUUAUGAUCUGCUAUGCUGGGCAUAUUCGCUUUUAUGCUAUCGGGCUCAACAGCAAAACAGAUGAACUCCAAAUACAGUGGAUAGCCGCAUGUGUACUUGCGGGGCUGACUCACCUGCAUGAAAAUGGUUUUCUUCACGGUGAUGUUCGCUUGCCGAAUAUUCUUUAUGUCCCACCACCAACUGAUCCCAACGAUACUGUGGGCACUUAUGUACUUAUUGACUUCGAACAUGGUGGACCUACCAAUUCUGCUGCAGGUUCUGAAGAUGAAAUGGAAGUUGUUGAUGACCCUUGGUUAACACAAGGGACACUGAACGGUGAUGGACGCUUUGAUGAG